GACAGAACCCGGAGUGAGACAGACAGAACCCGGAGUGAGCACCGAGAGGUGGACUGAAGCCGGAGUGACCCCGGAUUGCCUGCACCAUGUUCCAGCCUUUCGGCACCGAUUACGAUUCGGUUUCUCGCUGCAGUAACUCCCCCUCCAUGGGGGAUCCACAUUAUUAUUCACCCGCUGAUUCCUUCUCCAGCCUGGGCAGCCCGGCCAGCAACAGCAGCGCCCCGGAAAUCUCGGACCGCUGCAGCUCCUUCGUCCCCACCCUGACCGCCCUGAGCAGCCGCCGGGAGCUCCAAUGGAUGGUGCAGCCAACCGGCCUGUCCUCAAUGAGCCGGAGUCACCCCUACAGCCCCUACCCCCAGUCCCGGGCCACCGUCAACAAACACUCCGGCCGGAGGGGCAAAUUUGAACAACUAAGUCCUGAGGAUGAGGAGAAGCGGAAGGUCCGGAGGGAGCGGAACAAACUAGCCGCAGCCAAAUGUCGCAACAGGAGGAGGGAGCUGACCGAUAGCCUGCAAACGGAGACAGAGAAGUUGGAGGGAGAGAAAUCGGUUCUGGAGACGGAGAUUGCGGAUCUCCUGAAGGAGAAAGAGAAACUGGAAUUUAUUUUGGCCGCUCACCGGCCCGUGUGCAGGGUCCCAGAGCCAGAAGCCCAGAGCCUCCCCACCGCCAGCACCCAGACUGUCCACUCGGAAGCGGCUGCAACCCCCCCGGCCCCGGCCCCCGACUUCGUGAGCAGCCUGGACUCGGGGAGGUCGGUGCCUGAUGUGGAUUUAAUCGGCCUGGCUGACUGGGAGCCCCUCUAUUCCUCGCUGCCUGCCGACUGUGAGCCUUUAUGUACACCUGUCCUGCCUGAGACCCCCAGCGGAUCCUAUUCGUCCUCCUUCGCUUUCAGCUACCCGGAGAUUUCUGGCUGCGGCUCCAUCAUCCACCCAGGAAGCGGCAGUGAACAUUCGUCGGACUCCCUCAACUCCCCCACGUUACUGGCCUUGUAGGCAGUCCUGGCACAGACACUUUCUCAUCCCCGGCACUGCAUGCGUCUGUCUGGGAGGGCAAAGGGCUGUCAACAACCCCCCCCCCACCCCACCUC